CUUAGUAGAUAGUAUUGGAAUUUCUCCACAUAAUGAAGUUGUUUGUCGUUCUUUCAGCAAUCGUAGCGGUUGGUUGUGCUAUGCCGCAAUUCGGCAGCAAUAAUGCUGAAGCUAACGCCAAUGCUGAUGCGAACUCUCAAGGGGGUCCUGGUUUCGGAAACCAGCCUGGUUAUGGUGGUGGCUUUGGCGGAAAUUCUGGCUUUGGAGGCGGUUUUGGUGGAAAUAAUGGCUUUGGUGGCGGUUAUGGUGGAAAUCCUGGUUUUGGAGGCGGUUUUGGUGGAAAUCCUGGUUUUGGUGGCGGUUAUGGCGGAAAUCGUGGAUUCGGGGGAGGUUUCGGUUACAAUCCCGGUUAUGGUGGUGCGCCUAACUUUGGCAAUUCCAAUUCCAAAGCCGAUGCCAAUGCCAUUGCUAAUUCCAACGGCGGUGGAUUCGGUGGAAGUUCUGCCAGUGCAAGCGCUGAUGCCUCUGCUAGCUCUAAUGGCUUCGGUGAUGCCAGUUCCGUCGCAAACGCCAAUGCGGACAGCUUUGGAAAGUAAAGCAAUUUAAAUAUAAAUUAUGCAUAAAUCUCUCUACAAUGUGCUCAUUUUCUCGUAUCGCGCAUUGAAUUGUGCUACAUUUCUGACUGCUCAACACUACAUAUACUAGGAUACAGUUAAUUUAUUAUUAUUGCGAAUAUAAGGAAUGUGGAGAAAAUAAAUAAAAGUUCUAUAAUUUACCAA